AUGGCGACGCCACGCCCUACGCCGGCCGUGCCUCUGUUCCGCGCGCUUGCCAGUUCGACUAGGCCAAUCCAGCAGAUGCUCAAGUGCAUCAACUUCACAAACAAAGUACAUGUUGAGAUCACAGAGGAGCUCAUCAAGUUCGCAGCUGACCAAUCGCGAGUGACGCAAGGUGUUGCAAGCUUGGACAGAUCCAUCUUCACUAACUUCUCUGUGAAUGUGCCCCAGGCCGAGGAUGAAAGCGAGCCAGACUACCCAAGCUUCCAGAUCUCUUUGCCCGCAUUUUUGGAGACGCUCCAGAUCUUCGGCGCCUCCGACGCCGCGGCGCGACAGGCGAAGGCUGAAGCAGAGCCCUACCGCAGCAACCUCCGAAACUACCGUCCUGAUGCCUUCAGCAACCAGACUCUGGGCAUGGCGGGGACCUGCGUCCUGUCGUACCCGGAGAAGGGCGGCUGCUUCAGUGUAAUCCUCGAGGAGACUGGUGUCAACACCACCUGCAAUCUUAAAACCUACUUGCCCGAGGCCCCUGAAGAUAUUCCUUUUGACAGAGACGACAUCGCAUUUAAAAUCAUCAUGCAGUCGCGCUGGCUGUUGGAUGCUCUCACCGAGAUGGCACACUCCAAUCCCACCCGGCUCGUCAUCGCGGCGUCGAAGAAGGAGCCGUACCUCCGGCUGUCAUGCACAGGGCCACUCGGCGGAUCGAGCGUGGAUUUCGCUAAGGGACGUGAUCUGCUGGAGACGUUCACCGUGCGGGACAAAUGGGUGCAGAGCUUCAAGUUUGACAUGAUCAAGACUGCCACCGACGCAAUGCGCCUUGCCAGCAAGGUGAGUCUCCGGGGCGACGGCCAGGGCGUCUUGAGCAUGCAAUUCAUGGUGGAAGUGGAGGGUAGCAGGUCUAAUUUCCUCAUGUUCUCUUUUGUCCCAUACGUUACUUCCGAGGAGGACGAGGAGGACGAGGAGGAAGUCGAUGGAGUGGACGAGGAGGCAGAAGUCGAGAACUGA